UAUAGUGAAUGCAGGGUCCGGGGAGACAAGAUAUAGUGAAUGCAGGGUCCGGGGAGACCGGAUAUAGUGAAUGCAGGAUCCGGGGAGAGCGGAUAUGGUGAAUGCAGGGUCUGGGGAGAGCAGAUAUAGUGAAUGCAGGGGUCCGGGAAGAGCAGAUAUAGUGAAUGCAGGGUCCAGGGAGACCAGAUAUAGUGAAUGCAGGGUUCGGAGAGACCAGAUAUAGUGAAUGCAGGGUCCGGGAAGAGCAGAUAUAGUGAAUGCAGGGUCCGGGGAGACCAGAUAUAGUGAAUGCAGGGUCCGG